UCUUUCACCGGCCAAACUAAUCCAAAUAUUGAGGCGUUUUUUCCUUUUUAACCCUCUAACUUUGUUUAUAUUGUACAUUAUUAUAUCGUUAAUAACUCUAAAUAUAUAAACCAUUCACUAAAAGCUAAUAAAUAGUACAAAAAGCUGCUAAAUGACCGACAAGAAAUUUCUCUGGACUGGACUGGGAGAGAGCAGCCCUGUGCAUCCUUGGUAUAAGGAAAGAUUACGCACCAAAUUCCUAAAGGACCCUCUAAAGAAGAAGCAGCAGCAGUGUGGGGCCCUGGAUGCAACAGACCGAGGGUGGCGUUUUUUGAACCCGGGUCAGGAUGAUUUUAGAGAUGGAUACCCAGCACUACAGGACGAAGUCUUCACUCAGCCUCAGUGCAGGAUAACUCUUCCACUGUUCGGGCUGGUGAACCAGGCUCGUCCAGCCACAGUACUGAAGAAACGAUUCAACAAAGAGCAGGCCUGCUACUCCAGAAUAAACUGUCUGCGCCAAACCCGGCGCCAGUAUGUGGAGGCAGUGGAGCAGAAGCUCAGCUCUCACCCACUGGCCCUGUAUCCUCACUUAACAAGUGGACUCCAACCUGAGCUGUUUGAUGACGUACUAUCUGUCCUGGACCCUGAGAUGUGUGUCGAGAGGGAGUCAGAUGUUAUCAGUUUCUCGAAAGAGGAGGUGUCUAGAGAAGAGAAUGUGGCAACAUGUGAAGGCCCAGAGCAAGAGACGUCAAGGGAGGAGACAAAACUGUCCAUUGGUACAGUAUCUUCAGCUGAUGAAGUCAAAGGCUGCAGUUCUAGAAACCCUUAUAAACUCCCGGAAACUAUGGAUACCCAACCCAAAGGCAACCAGAUGGUCAGCAACACAUUCCUACCCUCACCUGCUCAGGAUGAAGACAUUACCGAAGUAACCAAGCUCUUCUGUGACUGGGUUGCCUUACUGGGUGGGGAGACAAGCAGUUUGACGGAGUCCACUAUCCACAGCCUGUUUUUCUGUGGAUUUGAAAAGAAGACUUCUAUAAGGUCUCCUGUUCAUGUGCCAAAGGACGAUUCCUCACACAGUGCACCUAAACUGAAGGACCCAGAGUUAAACAAAGUGUAUCCUUCCAACACAAAGACUACAUAUGGUGCAUGGUACUUAGACCCAAAAACAUGGAAGAAGCGUCCUGCUAGCGAGCCACUGAGAGACCCUUCAGUGACAGAGGAUCUGGAGCUCGAGCUGCAGCCAACUGAGAAGGACAAAGAACUGAAGGAGAUUCAUGGAACACAGGCCUUCAGGGAGUUCAUCAUCAGUAAAGGACUGAGAAUGCCCAGGUUUCUCAGCUCUCUUUUUCCUUCGGAGGAGGAGGAGCAAGAGCACAGGACUAGAGGGACUGACGCAACUGCCUCAGCUUCAAAACGCAAGGGGCAAGCCACGCUUUAAAUACAUCUCAGCUCUAAUUCCUGUGUGGUGCAGCUGAGCUGUACUCUAAAUUAAGAAUGAUUAAAAUACAGUAGCAUCUAGAUAGACAGACAGACAGACAUAUAGAUAGUUAAGACAGACACACAAGAUAGAUAGAUAGAUAGAUAGAUAGAUAGAUAGAUAGAACAACUCAUGUUUCAUAUUUCUGUUCUUACACAGUAUGUGGUUUAUUUUUUUUUUAUUUACAGUGAAGGUUUUUGGUCUUGAUCUGUAUAAAUUACAACCAUAUAAAUGUGCAGACAAUACA